AUGGGCAAAGUCGAACACAGCAGGGGGAGCAAAGUCCUGCUGGCUCAGCCCCCAUCCCCUUCCCGCAGCCUGCGUCCGGGGCCCCGCCAGGCAUGUGCAGAGAGAGUGAACGGACAGCUAAAGUUCUCCCAGCAGCCAGCAGGGGGCAUCCCAGCAGGAUGAUGCCCCGCCCCACUAGUCCGGUAUUGGAGCCUGUGUGAGCCAACGUCCACCCCACCCCCGCCAGGAUGGCCAAACGGCUCCUGGUGGCCUAUGCCCUCUGGGCUCUGGGGGGCCCUGUCGGGCUGCACCACGUCUACCUGGGCCGGGACAGCCACGCUCUGCUGUGGAUGCUCACGCUGGGGGGCCUCGGGAUGGGCUGGCUCUGGGAGUUCUGGCAGCUCCCUGGCUGGGUGGCCCGAGCCAACGCCACCCAGGAGUCGCACCCCCGCAGCCCGGAGCCUCCGGCCCUCAGCCCUGUGCGCUUCUUCGGCCAGGUCCUGGUGGGGAUCUACUUUGGUCUGGUGGCACUGAUCGGCCUGUCCUCCCUGCCUGGCUUCGCCCUGCUGGCCCUGCCGCUGGCCGUGGGCCUGGGGGUGCAUGUGGUGUCCAGCGUGGGAGAGCAGACCUCAGAUCUCAAGAACACACUGACAGCAGCCUUCCUCACCUCCCCUGUCUUCCAAGGCUACGUCCUGGCCAUCCUGCCCAUCAGCCUGACUGCCAGCAUCACUGCCCAGCAGUACCGGUGCUACAAGCCCCGCCGGGACACUGGAGAGACACUGAGCGCCCGGCUGUACCGCCUGGGCCUGGCCUACCUGGCCUUCACCACCCCUCUGGCCUACUGUGCCUUCUGCAACCCGGCUGCCACUGUCCACUACGUGGCCGACGCCAUUGGCGCCCUCUUGGAUUGGCUCAGUUUCUUCCCCUCCCUGGGCAGCUUUCUGGAGCAGCUCCUCCUUCUGCCCUACCGUGCGUGGAGGCUGCUGACGGAUGGCACAGGCAUCUGGGCCGGCUCCUUCCAGGAGUGGGAGAAAGUCUAUGAGUUUGUGAAGAGCUUCCAGACUGAGCGGCAGCAGCUAGCAUACAAGGUCUUGGGUCUCCCGGAUGGUGCCCCGGUGGAGGAAAUUCACAAGAAGUACCGGGAGCUGGUGAAGCUUUGGCACCCGGAUCACAACCGCCACCAGGUGGAGGAGGCCGAGAGACGGUUCAUCGAGGUGCAGGCAGCCUAUGAGAGCCUCAUGCAGCCGAGGAAAGCCAAACCCACGUGAUGGGCAGCAGCCUUUGUGCGGGAGACCACCUGCUGCCACACCCUCCCACUGUUUUUGCAAUAGAGUCUUUCGAGAAUUUUCCUGAUUUCCCCUGCCUUGCUGCAUGUUUCCCAGAAGGGCAUGAGAACCAGGAAAUGAAAUUGACCAGGCCAGGUUUGCUCUCACAAGCAGAGUGAAAUGCAAACCAGUGAGCCAGGUGCAAAGGAAAACGGCCUGGCUGAGUAGCAGUAACCUUGGAGUGGGGGGCAAUAUUUUUCAGAUGUGAUGUAUUUCUGUGGUGUGAUGGCUUCCCUUUCCAUCCGGAUGGUGCGGCAGGAACAGACAGGCCCCAAGCCUGGCACGUUGCACGGGGCAGCAAGAGAGAGGCUUUCAUGGUGCACUCUCCCACCUCCUGCUUUCUAAGGAGGAGAAAGAGGUAUGCUGCAUAUGGUAGUGGCUGCAGCACUGGUCUGGGGACAGGAACAUGGGUUCUAGUCCUUGCUCUGCUGGUGAUCUUCCUGGCAAGUCACUUGGUCCCUGUUUCUACCCCCCCACCCUGUGCCAGUCUUGGCUGUUUAGAUGGAAUGCUCUUCACGGCAGAGUUGCAGUGGUUUGUAACUGACCUGAUCCCAUGUGCACAAGCUUGAUUUGCCACCCACUCUGGGCCCUUCUGAACUGUUCCAAGGGCCAGGGUCUGUGUGUAGCCAGCUUGCCCCACAUGUGGCUGGGGCCUAACACCACCAAUGUCCUGUAUCACUGAUGACUGCCCUUGCACCAGACUUGGUGGUAGCCUGCAGGUUCUGCAUUUUGCUGAUGAGGCUGCUGCAGCCACUGAGAAGAGCAGGGAUUGUCCUUUACCCUGUUUGUACAGCACUGAGCUCAGCUCUGGGGCCUACAGGCUGCCUGUCCUACCAAUAAACUGUCAGUGUUGCACUUUGGGCUGAA